AUGGAACAUUUUGGUUUGUCCCAUAUAUUGUAUGAGCCAGAUAAAUAUAGUCCUGAUACAUUGGACUUAUUAAUUGAUGAAGAAGCUAGGGAAUAUUGGCUUAAUACUUGUGAGAAACUCGUAGAAAAAUACGUAAAUUUUGCAUUGGCAAAUACAGACGAUCCUACGGUGGAAAUAAGAGCUUUAAAAUUUAAAACAUGUUACGUGGAGGCAUUAAAGGAGCUUCGUGUGAAUCCUGUUGCUCACGGGCAGUUGACCAUAAGAUUACUUCUUGAUGUCAACGAAACAUGCCUUCGUUCUCAGGGCUUCUUUGAUUUAUGGAAACAGCAAAAGAAAUAUGAAAAUGAUGCUGCACUUGCUAGUCUUAGUUCACGAUUAGCUGAAAUUGAUGCCCUACCAAAUGAUAGACAAAAAUGGACUGAAAUUUGCAGAGGAGUUCUUGCUGGCAACAUGUUUGACUGGGGUGCUCAGGCUGUUACAGACAUACUUGACUGCGGGCUUUAUGAUGCUUUACAGAAGAUACAAAACAGGCCAUGGUUGUAUGAUGGCUUGGACAAAUGGCUUGACAAGUUAGAGAAAACUGUUCACCAUUGUGCAGCUGUGUUUGUGGACAACAGUGGAGUUGAUAUAGUUUUAGAAUUAGAAGAAGUUCUUCAACAUGCUUCGCUGAUCUGUCCUGUGCUAUCAGCAGCCUUGGCUACUGGAGAUUUAGUUGUGAGAUCCAGCGGGCAAAGGGGUCCAUGUCUUGAUCUCAGGACUAUUAGUGUAGGGCUUUGUACUGAAAUGAAGGUACGAGGAGUCGACCUAAUUAUAUUAGAAGGAAUGGGCAGGGCUCUCCACACGAAUUUUAACGCUCGCCUUUCUGUAGACUCGCUAAAAUUGGCUGUGGUAAAGAACGCCUGGCUGGCUCAACGUUUGGGCGGGCCGCUUUUCUCCGUUAUAUUUAUAUACGAAGACAAACCCUCCGAAACA